CUGGUAAUUGCCCGAGUUACAGACUUGGCAUCAGGUUACGCUCUGCCGGCCCCGCCCCUCCCUCCGAUCGGGUUGUGUAACUCAUUCCCGGGUGGGCUGUGCCUGUUAUGAAAGCUGGUACUGACUUUCUAAAGUUCGCAAGCAACGUCCGUAGUGAUUCGUUUUCGGUGCUGACUCUCCGGUAAACGUAGAAACGGCUUGCCGGCUCGUCCAAAGGAAGUUAGUCCUACUGAGUACAGAUUUCUAAAUGGCCAAGAUAAACGUAUGGAGGAUUUGCCUUCUGGUCUUCACCUUAGUAGUCUACAUCAUCACCUUGGUUAUGAACGCUCUUGCAGGGAGUGGACCAAAAUCAGGUAUUUUUCUUCAGAGUGUUGCAAAUAUAUCAAGCAAGUUCCACACUGAAAUCACGCCUGCAGGAUGGACGUUUUCUAUAUGGGGAGUCAUUUAUACAUGGCAAGCUGUGUGGCUUGUCUAUAUCUUCAUUGGAUUAUGUCGAAGCAAUACCUUGCAAUGGAUGCCUUCUGUGCUGCCUUGUUUAUUUUACGUAAUUUGGAUUAUAAACAACCUCUUCAACAUAGGCUGGCUCUUUCUGUGGGAUAGAGAGCACAUUAUACUUGCCCUCAUUUUCCUGGCAUUAAUCGCUUUCACAAACUAUGUGGUUCUUUUCUUCUCCUAUCGUGGCCUAUUUACACAGGGUCCUUGGCUUCAGGAGUACAGAAAGGUUGAUUUGUGGCUUGUCCGAAUACUGGUACAGAAUGGAAUAGCUGUUUAUGCAACAUGGACAACCAUAGCAACACUACUUAACUUUGCAGUUGUACUGACUUACAGUGCGAAUAUUGCCAUGGUAACAUCUGGUACAAUCUGCCUUUCUCUCCUGGCCGUUGAAGUCAUCUUAUGGUUUGGGUUGGAAAAUUUUGUGUUUGAUAAGUAUGUGCGAUACACACUUACAAUCUACCCUGUUAUCAUUGUGGCAUUAUCAGGAUCUUUGGACAAUCUUUACAAUGCCACCUCACCAACCAGGAACAACAUUUACAUCGCUGUGCUGCUGGCCAUAGCCUGCAUCGCCUUCGUAGUGCGCAUUGCCAUGGUUACUUGGCGACAUUUCAAAUGCCCUCUCUAUCAGAGCACAGAGAACUGAUGCAAGAGAAGUGAAGAUAAAGUGCAUCCAUUUAGAGCAACAGUUCCCUUCAAACUGGUUAAGGAACAAUAGGAACGGAAAUAGAAUCAUUGCUGAUUAAAUUCAAGAACCCGACUCUGCUUGUCUUUCCAGGCUCUGCUGGUGUACAUUCGAACCCUGGCAGUCUCCUCACUUUAUCAACUGAAACUUGAUUCCAUUUCAUUCGGUGAAAUAACUGAGGAAGACUAUUGUUGGCAAUUGGAUCAAUUAAAAUUUGAGAAUGUUUGUGCACUAGGGCCUAAAUUUUGCUGGGGGUUGUUGAUAAUGGAUUAUGGGAGCUGGGGAGUAGUAAGCCUCCAUGGUUCGCUUGCGCAGCUGUGAACCAAAGGCAUUUUUUGUACAUGUUUGCAAGUAGAAACAGAAGAGCAAAGCUGUAGAUCUGCAUUUUAUUCAAGAGCUUGGCUUCAUUUUCAUGUUAUAACUAUCCUUGUCACUUCUAGAUUCAUUCAGACAAAAAAACUGGUUUAAUAAAAAUAUAAAGAACCCUGGAACUCUGAGAAUGCACUAAACCAUGCUGUAUGCUUUUGGAACAAGAGGUCGUGGGUUAAGAGUGAAAGGUGAAAUUCUUCACUCAGAGGCUGGUGAGAGUAUGGAAUGAGCUGCCUGAGGAAAGUGGUGGAAUUUAUUUAAUUACCGAGAUAUAGCACAGAAUAGGUCCUUCUGGUUCAUCAAGCCCUGCCACCCAGCAACCCCUGAUUUAACCCUAGCCUAAUCACGGCACAAUUUACAAUGACCUUUCAACCAAUACACCUUUGGAAUGUGGGAGGAAACUGGAGCACACGGAGGGACCCAUGCAGUCAUGGUGAGAACGUACAAACUCCUAACAGGCAGUGAUGGAAUCCAUGCUGGAUUUCGUAGGGGCCACAAGUCAAAACAAUAUGAAACUGGAGUUUCUGAAUGGGCCAUAAUAAUUUCAACAUUUAAUAGAAAUGUGGAUAGGUGCUUGGAUAGGAAGAGUGUGGUGGACUAUGGUCCAGGUGCAAAUCAAUGGGAUCUGGCAGAUUCAUAGUCUGGCACAGAUUAGAUGGGCCAAAGAGCCUGUUUCUGUAUUGCAGUAUUCUAUGUCUGUGAAGAAAGAGUUUGAGUUAAAAUUGAAUCAACCUCGCACCCCAAUUGCUACAUGAUUUCCCUGCAGGUUUCUUCCCCACAUAAUCCUGGUGGGGAGGUUUGCAAAGGCUUCUGGGGAGAGUUUAAACUAGAAUUGCUGGGGGGGUGGGAACCGAACUGAAGUGACGGAAGAAUGGGCAGUUGGCUCACAAAUAGAGAAAGCUUGGAGACAGUGUGAAAGGAAGGAUAGGCAGGUGUUAAGAAAAGGGACGUGCUCAGACCGAUGGUUUCAGGUGUGUCUAUUUUAAUGCAAAGAGAAUUAUGAACAAAGCAGAUGAGCUUACAGCAUUGAUCAGCACUUGGAGCUAUGAUGUUGUGGCCAUUUACAGAGACUUGGAUGGUGCAGGGGCAGGAAUGGCUACUUCAAGUUCCAGGCUUUAGAUGUUUCAGAAAGGACAGGGAGGGAGGCAUAAGAGGUGGGGGCAUGGCACUGUUGAUCAGAGAUAGUGUCACGGCUGCAGAAAAGGAUGAAGUCAUGGAGGGGUUUUCUACGGAGUUUCUGUGGGUGGGAGUUAGGAAUAGGAAGAGGUCAAUAACUCUACUGGGUGAUUUUUUAUAAACCACCAAAUAGUAUCAGGGAUAUCAAGGAGCAGAUAGGGAGACAGAUUUUGGAAAGGAGUAAUAAUAACAGGGUUGAUGUGGUGGGAGAUUUUAAUUUCCCAAAUAUCGAUUGGCAUCUCCCUAGAGUGAGGGGUUUAGAUGGGGUGAAGUUUGUUAGGUGUGUUCAGGAAGGUUUCUUGACACAGUAUGUAGAUAUGCCUACAAAAGGCGAGGCUGUACUUGAUCUGGUGUUGGGAAAUGAACCUGAUCAGGUGUCAGGUCUCUCAGUGGGAGAGCACUGCGGAGAUCUGCCGUGCCCAGUUUGAGCUUUGACUGCCUUGGCCCGCACGCUCCUGUUUCAGGUCAAGUGGAUCAAUUCAUUGGUGUUCAUUUCCAGUUCUCUGGCUGCUGUCUCCAUCAUCAUUUGUCUUUGCCUUCCUCUUGCUUUCUUCCCUUCAAUCUUUCCCAUAAUUACCGUGCAUUCUAACUCCUCUUUCCUAAUCACAUGUCCAAUGAAGUUACGUUGCCUUUUCAUGAUCUCAUACAUUAUUUCUCUUUUUGUGCUGGCUCUGUUCAUGACAUCCUCGUUAGAUAUUCGUUUCAUCUAUGAUAUUCUUUGCAUCCUCCUCAAAAAACAUAUGUAGAAACAUAGAAAACCUACAGCACAAUACAGGCCCUUCGGCCCACAAAGUUGUGCUGAACAUAUCCCUACCUUAGAAAUGACUAGGCUUACCUAUAGCCCUCUAUUUUACUAAGCUCCAUGUACCUAUCCAAAAGUCUCUUAAAAGACCCUAUCUUAUCCGCCUCCACCACUGUUGCCGGCAGCCCAUUCCAUACACUCACCACUCAAUGCAUAAAAAACUUACCCUUGCCAUCUCCUCUGUAUCUACUCCCCAGUGCCUUAAACCUGUGUCCUCUUGUGGCAACCAUUUCAGCCCUGGGAAAAAGCCUCUGACUAUCCACACAAUUAAUGCCUCUCAUCAUCUUGUACACCUCUAUCAGGUCACCCCUCAU